AGAGAUACCAGUCGGCCUUGCUCCUUGUGGCAACCCGGACGAGCAAAAGCAAAACAAAAACAGUAAGAAAAUUUAAAAACGUCAUUGUUUAUUGUAAGCGGCUAUACUAUUGAAUUAUUGGAGAACAAAAUCAGCAUUAUGCACAACGGUACGAGCUUAUUUGCAACGUUUAUCCUUGCGAUGGUGUUGCUGUUGCAGCUGCAGUCCACCUGUGACGCAGCUGCCACAAAACCCCCACAAAAGACGGUGCAAAUUUCAGAGCCCAGUGCACCGGCUGGGGAAGCUGAAGCUAUAAGUCAGGAGCACAGAAAGUCUGUCAUGAAGGCGCUGAAUGUGCCAAAGGAGUCUGUGCCUGCCUCCCCUAAGGGGAGUGAAGCUGCGGCACCGGUGGACACUAAACUCCCUGCUCCGCCGGAGUCGGAGUCCGCAGUUAUGCCCGAGGAGGAUGUACAGAUUGAGCAGUCUCGCCCAGCUCCAGAUAUGGAGUUUCCCGGCCAGGCGGUUGUCUACGUCCUAGUGGGCAUCACCAGUUCAGCUAUUCUGCUUCUCGUGUUGCGGGUAUAUCGCUUGCGGCUAUCACGGGCGGAACGCAAGUACGGCGUGCAUGGCGAUAGGGCCAACCAGGAGCUGACACCACUGCCAAUGGCCAUCGAGGACGUGAAUAGCGACGAGGAGGACCACACGCUCUUUGAGGUUAAUCGCCAGAAUAUUCGCAUAUUAUGAAAUAGCAAACACCAGAACACUCCAAAGAUCUGUUUGGUCGACCCGCCAUUCGUAACACUUCCCAGCAGGCUUGCCUUCACCCUUAGAUAUUUAACGCAUUGUAGAUUUACGCUGUAGCUUCUAACUAUAUCACACUAUGUAUAAUGCCCGGUUCCCCCUACUACUUACAAAACUAAGUUCUGUGCAUUUCUCCCCAAAAACGCAGUUGGUUCAGGUUUAACGAAUCAAAGGAAAACAAAACCACUUGUGAUAACAAUUACAAUGAUAUGUUUAUGUCUAUAAGUAUAAUGAUGCCGCUGAAGCCCCAAAGGCAUUAAAAAAUCUCAAAGUAUGGAUUCUUUCAAGUCGCUUGUGCGUGUAUGUUCUUGAAUAAUAAAUGUUAUAUUAAAUGUA